AUGAAACUGUAUAAAGUAUUAUGUUAUUGUAAAACCGCAAUGAAAUCACUGAAAGCGACAGAGACGGCUGUUACUAUAAAAGCUCCUUGGGGAAACUUAACUGCAUUAACAUGGGGCGAACCUACCAGUCCGCCGGUCUUACUAUGUCCAGGGAGGAUGGAACCGUGCACUGCAUUCAGGCCCCUUGUGCUCUCUCUACCGGCUAAAUUCUUCUACGUAGCUAUAGACCUACCUGGAAAUGGAUGGUCGGACCCUCUGCCACUUGGAGUUCGUUUCACUGUUCUAGAUUUAGUGCCUUCAGUGCUGACAGUAGUUGAACAUUUUAAGUGGGAAAAGUUCGUGUAUAUUGGACAUUCUUUGGGUGCUGCUGUAGGAAAAUUUUUCAACAUUGCCUAUCCUGGAAGGGUGACAAGAUUUGUCGAGUUGGAUCCAGUACCCGCUUACUUCAAUAGCAAAACGAUCGGUUUGAAGGAAUGGUACCACAUGUACUACGGCAAUUAUUAUAAGAAGGACAACUAUAUAAAACAUAAUGCUGGAACGGAGACUGCGCCUAGAUAUAGUUACGAAAAGAUUAAGCAGCUGGUACAAAACGUGCAAUGUUUAACUGAGGAAGCUUUAAAACACCAAUUAGAGAGAAUGAUCGAGCCAGCUGGAGACGGAUUGUACAGAUUUACAUACGACCAGCGCAUGAAGAACGUCACUCUACUACCGUUUCCUGCCGACUUCCUUAAGAAAAUAUACACCGAAUCUAAGACGCCAACAUUCGCGAUAUUGGCCAGUAAUGUAGUUCAAUUGGGCGCAUACAAAGACGUGGCUUUCCUCACCGACAAAACAGCUUGGCCAAAUAAGAAUUUCAAGUUUAAAAUCGUCCCGGGUGGACAUGACGUUCAUUUGAAUGACCCCGACUGUAUGGCUGAAGAUAUAUCAAAAUUUCUGCUAGAAGAUGUCAAAUCGAAACUUUGA